UUAAAUUAGUUAUAGAACAAUUAUUAGAUAAUUAAGCAUGUUAGAAGCAAGGUGAGCCUUCUAUAUCAUUCAUCGUCACCUCUCUUCUAUCUUCCUCUUGGUAGUUCUUGAGGGAAGAAUGGCCACCUUGAGAACAUAAGCUGCUCCUGUUAUGGGUUAUAGGUUUCAGACAGAUAUCUCUGUCACAUUCAUAUCAAAAUUUGGCUCUGAUCUCAAUCGCUUUAUGGAGUAAAUCUUUAAUUUCAUCCUGAAGACUUUUCCUUCCAGAGCUGUUUGAUGAUGUUCAUAUCUUGCUUAAGUUGAUAUUCUGAUGCUUAUGCUCAAUUUGACUACCUCUUUUUGAGUGAAUUCAGCGUUUUCACCAAAAGAGAAAGAAUCUGCUUCUACAAAGUUUUUAUGCCUUUUAUUAACCUUAAAAGGCGAGUUUGAGAUGCAAUAGUUUAAGUGCAAAGAACAUUUUAUCUCUGAUGAUGAGACAUUCUCAUCUAGGAUCUCUUCUGGUAAAUUUUCGUUAAAAUUAAUCUCGAUUUCCAUAUUAAUAAUGUUGU